AUGUCUACACAAGACAGAAUCAUGCACUCUAUGACCUUUGUUGACAGAAUUUGUCGGGUCUCCUGGGGGUGGUUUUCAGUCUCGAUGAGCACUGGGAGCAUCGGUACCCUGCUUUACAACACUCCCCACAAGUUUUCUGGUCUUAUGGCUAUUGGAAAAAUCUUUUUCAUCCUUGAUAUUGUUACCUAUUUAGCGAUUUGGACCUCUCUCAUCACACGAUUCAGUCGAAACCAACACGCAUUCAGAAAUACAUUCAACGACCCUGAAGAAGCCUACCUCAUUCCCACCGCGGCUUUGGGAUUUGCUACUAUACUUUUUGGAAUUGAAUGUUAUGGCGUUCCUGCCUGUGGAGAUUGGCUGAAAUACGCUCAACUGGUUCUAUUCUGGGUCUAUACAGCCGUGGCAAUCUCUCUGGCAGUUGGGCUUAACUGGCAUCUUUAUCGAAUUCGCAUGGCUUCUCGCCAGCCUUUCUGGCUCGUGCGUCUCCUUCCGUCCUUUCCGGCCAUGCUUGGUGGUACCACUGCCUCACUACUCGCCGGAGCCCAGCCCAGUCACUUUGCCAUCCCCAUCCUCAUUGCGGGAACAUGCUUGCAGGGCUUUGGCUUCUUGAUCUCGUUAUUCAUAUUAGGUGAAUAUUUCUACGGCCUUCACCACCAUGGUCUACCGCCAAUGCGUCGCAGACCUCAGAUGUUCAUUGCCAUUGGACCACCGGCGUUUACUGCAGUUGCGCUAAUGGGAAUGGCUGAGAUUGCAACAGAAAAAUUUCCUGCCCAUUAUAUCCCCUUAGCCACGCACGUCAACACCGCAGAAGUUCUGCUCAUUGUUGCGAUAUUCUUGUCCAUCUUCAUGUGGAUAUUCUCUUUCUUUCUUUGGAUGCUUGGGUGGCUUAGCAUUUUUGCUGCCUACCAUGAAUGGAAGUUUGAUAUUACUUGGUGGGCAACCGUCUUCCCCAACACUGGGUUUGCGUUAGCAACAAUCAAGAUCGGAGACUUGGUUGAUUCGAAGCCUAUCAAGUGGGUUGGCAGUGCAGCAACCAUCAUCCAAGUCACUCUAUGGUUAGGUUGCUUCUGUCUCCACAUAUGGGCGUACUUCACACGUCGGACGUUAUGGCCGGGCAUGGAUGAGGGAUUCGAAGCAGAGGGGCAUAUUGGCGAAGGGCUAGAUAUGGAGGGAGAGGUUGUGUCUUCCAAACAUUCAGUGGCAUCAUAG